AUUUUAUUUUAUUUAUUUAAUAGCAAGCGCAAUGUUCAGUUCCCCAACGGCGAUCUUCCUGAGUGCUCUGUUUCCUCUUCGUCCGAGUUGACUCACUCGCUCACUCUUCUCGAAGAAGAUGAGUCAAGACUCGUUCAUUUACAGCUUUGUGGCUAGAGGAACCAUGAUCUUGGCGGAGUUCACGGAGUUCACCGGAAACUUUCCGGCGAUUGCGAAUCAGUGCCUUCAGAAACUUCCUUCUGCCAAUAAUAAGUUCACUUACAAUUGCGACCAUCAUACCUUUAAUUUCCUGGUCGAAGAUGGUUAUGCUUACUGUGUUGUGGCGAAAGAGUCUCUCGGUAAGCAGAUAUCCAUAGCCUUUUUGGAACGGAUGAAAGCCGACUUCAAGAAAAGAUAUGGAGGUGGUAAAGCUGAUACUGCUGUUGCGAAAAGUCUCAAUAAGGAUUUCGGGCCAGUUAUGAAAGAGCACAUGAAGUAUAUCAUCGAGCACGCGGAAGAGAUCGAAAAGUUGAUAAAAGUGAAGGCUCAAGUCUCGGAAGUUAAGAGUAUAAUGUUGGAGAAUCUCGAUAAGGCUUUUGAGCGAGGGGACAACAUCAAUUCUCUUGCUGACAAAACGGAAAGUCUCCGAGAUCAGGCGCAGACGUACAGAGGACAAGGAACUAAACUGAGGAAGAAAAUGUGGUAUCAGAACAUGAAGAUAAAGCUAGUUGUUCUUGGGAUAUUGUUAGCUCUUGUGCUCAUAAUCUGGGUUUCCAUUUGCCAUGGAUUCAAUUGCACCAAUUAGUUUGCUCUGUAGACACAAAAAAAAGGUAAAAGCUUUAGCCUUUUUCUCUUCGACAUGGAUAAUUUUAUACAUUAAAGUUUCUAUUUAAAUUUUAA